AUGGCCUCAGCAAAGGAUAUCGCCGGUGCCUCCGCUCAAAGCACAACGCUCGAGGUUUCUGCCAGCUUGGGUCUGUCGACUUCCCCUACGGUCAAUUUUCAGUCUCCCCCUUCUAGCUUUGCAGGCGCUGCUUUGACCCGCAGACCGGCCCCGAAGCUUCUGAAACCCUUCGACACUCAAGACAUCAAGAUUCUGCUUCUCGAAAAUGUGAACCAGACAGGCAAGGACAUUCUCGCCGAGCAGGGCUAUCAGGUCGAGGCUCUCAAGACCUCUCUGCCUGAGGACCAGCUCAUUGAGAAGAUCCGGGACGUACAUGUCAUUGGCAUUCGCUCCAAGACCAAGUUAACCGAAAAGGUCCUGCGUGAGGCCAAGAACUUGCUAGUAGUUGGUUGUUUUUGUAUUGGCACUAACCAGGUCGACCUCGAGUACGCUGCCGCCCACGGUAUUGCUGUCUUCAACUCUCCUUUUGCCAACUCGCGAAGUGUUGCUGAGCUUGUCAUUGCUGAAAUCAUCACUCUGGCCCGUCAGCUUGGUGACCGUUCUAACGAGAUGCACCGUGGCACCUGGAACAAGGUCAGUGCCAAGUGUUGGGAAAUCCGUGGAAAGACUCUUGGUAUUGUCGGUUACGGUCAUAUUGGCUCGCAAUUGUCCGUUUUGGCCGAGGCCAUGGGCAUGAACGUUGUGUAUUACGAUGUCGUGAACCUCAUGGCCCUGGGUACCUCGAGACAAGUGCCCACAUUGGACAACUUGUUGGAGGAGGCCGACUUUGUCACAUUGCAUGUACCAGAGCUUCCGGAGACCAAGAAGAUGAUCUCGACUGCCCAGCUAGAGAAGAUGAAGACAGGCGCUUAUCUGAUCAACGCCAGCCGUGGUAGCGUUGUUGACAUACAGGCUCUCAUCAAUGCCAUGCGCUCUGGCAAGAUUGCCGGCGCCGCUCUCGACGUCUACCCCAACGAGCCAGCAGCCAAUGGCGACUACUUCAACAACUCGCUCAACUCCUGGGGUGAGGACCUGCGUAGCUUGAACAACAUCAUCCUGACGCCACAUAUUGGUGGUUCCACUGAGGAGGCUCAGCGAGCCAUCGGCGUCGAAGUUGCCGAAGCUCUUGUGCGCUACAUCAAUCAAGGUGUUACACUCAACAGUGUAAACCUGCCCGAGGUCAACCUGAGAUCCUUGACUCUCGAUGAGCCCGAUCACGCCCGUGUCAUCUACAUUCACAGAAACGUUCCUGGUGUGUUGCGCAGAGUCAACGAGAUUUUGGGUAACCACAACGUCGACAAGCAGAUUUCCGACAGCAAGGGCGAUAUUGCGUACUUGAUGGCCGAUGUCAGCAGUGUCAAGGCGGAGGAUAUCAAAGAGAUUUCCGAUGGUUUGGAUUCUCUUGGCUCCCGUAUCUUGACCCGUGUUCUGUACUAG